AGAAUCGAUUUACAAAAAUCAAAUUCAUCGAGAUAUAAGUUAAAACCAUUGAAAACGGUAAAGUUUAUAAAAAAUAAAAACUAAAAAGGAAAUAAACUUCAAAGUUAGAAGCGAACUAAAAAAAUACCAAAACUCUAAAAAAAAGGAACGUAAAAUGCCAGAAACUUUGAUGCGGCGCAACGUACAAAAUAAUAUCUUGUCCUCCAGUUAAAAAGAGUUGAGACCAGGACGCGUUUUGUGAAUUGUGUGAUAUUUGAUAAAAAACGAAAUCUAGUUUUCAAUAAAAAAUUGCGAAAAGUUUUCGCAUAAACGGGCAAAAUGUUGCCAACCAAUGGAGAAAUGAAGCGGGAACUGACAACCACCAAAAUGAUAAAUACAAUAUCCAGCGGCGGUCUGUCAACUAUCCCAAAAGAGGAGUUGCGUUUUGUGCCUAUAACAAGCAUGUCCUCGGCCACUAGUUCCAGCAAAUCUUCAAAUAUAACCCUAGGCACCUACAAGAACAACAACAAUAAUACGGCCAUAAAAUCAAAACUAAUGCCAAUUAAUGUGGUUCCACCAUUAACCAUUAAAGCCACUCCAGGAGCAGUGGCCAAUGCAACGGCAACAGUGGGACAUUCACCUACACCACCUCUAAUACAAUUGGUAACCACUAAUAAGGGAGUAGGAUCAGCUGGCAACGUGUCAAACUCGAAUCUAUUGGCCAUUUUAACGCCCAGUGGCAAGACAACAAUAAUAAGUGCUUCAUCGGCCAAGGGAAACGCUCAGCCAAUGUUAAUACGUUCGACAGCGGCAUCGUCGUCAGUUGCUUCUCAGCCACAGUCACCACAUCAGCAGCAGAUAAAUGGUAAUCCCGGCCAGAGUACUAAAACAACGAGUACCCUGACAACAGUUUCAGCGCCUGUUUCUGCUCUUGUGGGUGGUUCUUCUUCUUCGGUUCCGGCCAAGGCAACAUCCAAUACAUUGGUGCCCAGUGGACAAAUAUCGCUGUUGGCCAAUUCAAGGGCUCCCGUUAUUCUUAGUAAGGCGGCUGUGGACAAACUGAGGAUGAAAUUCAAUCAAGCUAAGGCCAAUCCUAGUGCCAUUCUGUUGAGCAAUAAUAAGAAUCAUAACAAUAACAACAACAACAACAAAAUUCCGCCCAAAAUUAAGCCUAUGCCACCAGUUAAAACUAUGUCGAAACCUGACCCAACACCUGAUACUGUACCUGCUGCUACAACUGCUCCACCUGUGACUCCCACUCAAACUGUUGCUCCCACUCAAACUGUUACUCCAUCUCAAGCUGUUCCUCCCACACAAUCUGCGACUUCCGUCUUAGAUGUUGCUCCUGGUCCAACUGCUGCUCCUGCUUGCUCUAUUGCCACCGUCACUGCUGCUGUUCUCGCUCCAGCUACUCUUCCUGGUGCUCCUGCUCUGGCCGAAACGGUUUCAACGGCUCCUACUCCUACACCUGCUGCCACUAUUGCUUCUAUUACUGUGGCAACCGCACCCUCCAUCACAGCAUUGCCUAGUUUGACCCUAAUGAAAGUACAAAAGGCCACGAUUGCACCAUUAGUAAAGCAGAGGGAUUUGCCAACCUUGGGUCCAGCUGUUAUUGGCGUGAAAAAAGUUCCACACAAACUGCAACGUUCGAAAUCUUUUGCGGCCACUGAGCAGUCCUCACCGGGGAGCGAACGACGCCAUUCAGUUGCCAUAAUGGCCAAAGAGGUGGAUGUCAUUGAACAGCCAAGGACAAUUGAGACCAUCACCAUAGACGACGAUGACGACGACGACUUCGAUGACAGUGACCAGGAGGAUAAACAGGCAACAAAACCGCAAAAGCCAAUAAUAAACAAGCCAACAGUGACCGUGACCACAAAAACAAAGACACCCACGUGUACACCAACACCCACACCCAUAUCAUCGAGGAAGAACUCCUCAACCAGUGCCAGCACUUUAAGUAGCAUUAGCAGCAGCAGGAGAAGCAGCAGCAGUGACGUAGAAGAGAUCCAUGCUGAGCAAAGCGAAAAGAAGUUCAAGAAAGAGGAACCAACGGCUGCAAUACCAAGCAUAAGCAUUCUAAAAGCGGAAACUUUAAAUUUGUCCAAUGAGGAUUUUGAGCGUUCAUUGCGCUGCGAUGAGCAAGUGUCGCCCUCAUCGAGUUCUUCUUCAAGCGCUUCGAUUAAACCCAAGCAAAAGAAUAGCGUAACUUCUUCUUCUCCUCCGGGUUCUUCAUCUGGACCGACACUCUCCGUCAACGAGACCCAAGCAGCCAAUCGCCCCAACACCUCCAGUGGUGGCAGACCCAGCCUAAUUUUGAAUAAUUUAAAGAGAAGCGUACUACAAACUCUGCCCAUGGUACGCUGGCGUGGCCAGCAACCUGGACAAUUGCCCAAUUCGACGCUGCGCUUUGAAUUGAAUCGCUUGAAUCUGCUGCAACUGAACGAGCGAUGUGAGCCUCGCCAGGGGCCGGCCAACUACUUUGAGCGCUCACUGUUCGAUCGUCCUGACCGUCGGCCGACAGCAACUGCAGAUCCUUUGCUCUAUCUGUGUCAGCGUUGCAAUUGCCAUGGACCUGCAGCUGACUUUCUGGCGCCUCGUUACUGUUCCCUUGCUUGUGUGCGACGUGGACAGAAACGACGACUGCCUCCUGGCGGCAGCAACAACAACAAUUCACAAGUGGAGGCCAAGAUGAGUCGCUUGUCAGCGGGAGCAACAGGAUCAUCGGCAUCAUCAGCUUCAACGUCUGCCGCAUCGACGCUUGUCUCAGAGGCAGUGGUUAAAGUUGCUUCAACCGAAGCCCGCAAAGUCGUACAUCCCAAGGAGAAGGUGAAGAAACAGUUCCGAUGGAGCGAGUAUUUGGCCAAAAAGGGCAAUGAUAUUGCUGCACCCAUUCAUCUGUUCUUCAAUCCGUUUCCCAUCAAUCCGAAUGGCUUUCAGCGUGGCAUGAAAGUGGAGGCCAUUGAUCCCGAGAACUGUUCGCUCUUCUGUGUGUGCACCAUAGCCGAGGUGCGUGGCUAUCGAUUGAAGCUUCAUUUCGAUGGCUAUGCCAGUAUGUAUGAUUUUUAUGUGAAUGCCGAUUCCAUGGACAUCUUUCCGCCCGGUUGGUGUUACAGCACGGGCCGUGUGUUGCAAGCACCCAAAGGCUAUUGCUCGGAUCGGUUCAGUUGGUCACGUUACCUGAUCAAGGUCGAUGGGAAGCCAGCACCUAGGCAUCUGUUCAGCCAUCUGAAUAUGUCACCGCAGCCAUCGAUGACAAAUGGGUUUACUGUGGGUAUGCAUCUGGAGGCGGAGGAUCUGAAUGAUACGGGCAAGAUUUGUGUGGCCACCGUGGCAGAUAUAUUGGAUGAACGUAUACGCGUUCAUUUCGAUGGCUGGGAUGAUUGUUACGAUUUGUGGGUGCACAUCAAUUCACCGUACAUUCAUCCAUGCGGCUGGCACGACGGACGACAGCAAUUGAUUGUGCCUCCGGACUAUCAGAAUGUGGUUUUCAGUUGGUCGGAAUAUAUCAAAGACUCGGGCGGCAUUGCGGCUCCGUCCCAUCUCUUUAAGCCGCGACUGCCUAUGGAGUUUCAGUCGCGUAUGAAAUUAGAGGUGGUGGAUCAGCGCAAUCCAUGCCUUAUUCGACCUGCCACAGUGGUGAAUCGCAAGGGCUAUCGUGUCCAGCUCCAUCUGGAUUGCUGGCCCACGGAAUAUUAUUUUUGGCUCGAAGACGAUAGCCCAGAUCUGCAUCCGAUUGGCUGGUGUGAGGCCACCUCACAUGAAUUGGAAACGCCGCCCGGUUUCCUACAGAACAAAUCCCAAAUGCCCUGCGAUGUGGAGGGCUGCCGUGGCUUCGGCAAUGCCAAACGUUUCAAUCUCAAUGUUCACGCUCUGCGCGAUUGUUGUCCCUAUGCACCGGAAAACUGGCGUCUAUGGCGUUCCAAAACGGUUAAGCCGGCCCGUGUGUCACCUGAGAAUAUCAAGCGAUCUCCGAACAAGAAAUCAUCGAAGCCUGUUAAGGCGGCGCCGUCAUCUCCACCACCUCCGCCAGCUCCACCAAUAACUAUAAAAACAGAGCCAAAAACCAAAUCGCAGCCGGAGGCAACCAAACCGAAGAAGAUGUCUGGAAAGGCUGAGAAACCGUUGGAUGUCCGUUCCAUGGCUAUAGCCAAGACCAUUGUCAAUGAGUAUGGUCCUCAGUUCCAGCGCAAUUAUCGCCUGUGGCAAAAGAAUUGUGACUUUGAUCUUGACAAGAUUAACAGCAAUCCACUCUACUGGACCAAAUGGGAUGUCUAUGAAUAUGUGGAGCGAGCCCUCAACUCAAAAGUGAUAGCCAACAAUAUGUUUGACGAGGACAUCGAUGGACGGGCUCUCCUCAUGCUGGGACGCAACGAUCUAUCCGAACAUCUUAAACUAAAAGUCGGUGCGGCGGUGAAACUAUUCUCUCUGAUUGUCAACCUGCGCAUUGCUGUGGUCUGCAAAUUUGAGACUACCUCGACGGGUCUGAGUGAAAGGAAUGUGAGCAAAGCCAAGUUUGAGAUGCCAAAGCAAGAGCCAGCCGAGGAUGAGGAUGUGAAAUCUACUCAGGAAUGUGAACGCCAAACGAAUGGAAUGGCCAACGUUUGUGAUCAGGAUGAGCUAUCAACCUCUGUCAAUGACGAUGACGAUGAAGAUGUGGUUCUUGAUAAUGAGGAUUUCCUUAAUGUCCAGCCAAGCAGCAGUGUCUCUGCUAAUCACAACAACAACAACAACAAUGACUCGGAUGAUGUACUAAUGGCACCGAUGAAAAUCCGCAUGCCCCUGGCAGCCACAGCAUCAUCCUAGAUUUAGGGUUUUCUUUUCUUUUUUCACAUUUGUCGUUGAUUAAUUUUCUUCUCUUCUUCUUCCCCUUUUUUUUGCCCCAUCUAAUUUUUUUUUCUCUUGAUUGUUGCAUCGGAUCGUUUUGAAUACUUUUGGGUAUUACCAAAAUAUAUAUAUAUAUCUAAAAU